AUACUGGGAAACUCUCAAUUCUGAGCAGAUAUCUACCCAAUCACGGAUUGAGGAGAGAAGCAAGAAGAAGAAAUGGAGAUUACACUGAACAGUGGCUUCAAAAUGCCGAUCAUCGGCUUAGGAGUUUGGAGAAUGGAGAAAGAAGAGCUUCGAGACCUUAUCAUCGAUGCCAUCAAGAUCGGUUAUCGUCAUCUCGACUGUGCUGCUAAUUAUAAGAACGAAGCUGAAGUUGGUGAGGCUCUUACAGAAGCAUUCACGACAGGUCUUGUCAAGAGGGAGGAUCUCUUCAUUACGACUAAGGUCCAAACGGCUUUAAGUUAAACUACUACAUACCUUUGAUAUCAGUUCAUUUCAGAUCGAAUGCUCUCUGUCUUGGUUUUGCAGCUAUGGAGUUCAGACCAUGGCCAUGUUAUUGAGGCAUGCAAAGACAGUCUCAAGAAACUUCAACUUGAUUACCUCGACCUUUUCCUCGUUCAUAUACCCAUAGCUACAAAACACACGGGAAUAGGAACAACCGAUAGUGCUUUGGGGGAUGAUGGGGUAUUGGACAUAGAUACAACAAUCUCUCUGGAAACUACAUGGCACGACAUGGAAAAGCUUGUUUCUAUGGGUUUAGUCCGCAGCAUUGGAAUCAGUAACUAUGAUGUCUUUCUAACGAGAGAUUGCUUGGCUUACUCCAAGAUCAAACCUGCUGUGAAUCAGAUCGAGACACAUCCUUACUUCCAACGCGAUUCUCUAGUCAAAUUCUGCCAGAAACAUGGUAUCUGUGUCACUGCUCAUACUCCUCUGGGAGGUGCCACAGCCAAUGCCGAAUGGUUUGGCACCGUGUCAUGUCUGGAUGACCCAGUUCUCAAAGAUGUGGCCGAGAAGUACAAACAGACAGUGGCACAGAUUGUCCUGAGGUGGGGAAUUCAGAGGAACACGGUGGUGAUACCAAAGACAUCGAAGCCUGAAAGAUUGGAAGAGAAUUUUCAGGUUUUCGACUUCCAACUAUCGAAAGAGGACAUGGAAGUGAUCAAAAGCAUGGAGAGGAAUUACCGCACGCACCAAACAGCCAAGUUUUGGGGCAUUGAGCUCUACGCUUGAUCACACACACACUCUCUCUCUCUAUCUAUCUAUAUGAAUAAAUGAAGCUUAAGAAUAUAAUAUCAGAUAACUUCAACUUUUUUAAGAAAACCUAAGACUCCAAUUUCGAA